UGUCAUCAGAAAUGACAAUGACCACUAUUUAGGACUUUGAAUAACACAUGGUAAAUCAUGAGAAAUUGGAACGACCGCUAUUUAGGACCAACGCAGCAAAAUGGCAUGGCAUGAAAAAUGAGGACGACCAAUGUGGAAGGCCACCCGAAUAACAUGUUAUCCCUUUGGAAGAACAACGAGCAGUGUGAAAGACGAGUACUAUCACAUGGUAAAUCAUGAGAAAUGACAGGAAUGUAAGACCAUCCUAGUCACAUGGUGUGGCAUGAAAGACAGAGUCAUACGGGGGUGCAACUUUCGAUAGCUUGAGCCUUCUUGAAGGAUUUCCACACUCCCGGAAGCAGCCGAACCAGAUGGUUGCAGGCGUUACCUGAAUGGGAGCGGGACGAUUAUAGGCGGUAGCUAAGCGGUACCGAUUGGAUUGGAGUCAAAAUUUUGUUAUUAGUUUAUUGGUGAAAGGUUGUGAGCGAGAUCAAUUUUUGAAUCUUUUCUUUCACAUAAUAAAUUAUUUUGCACAAUACAAAAUGCUCUUUUUCCAUAUCAAUGAAGUAAGCAAAUCACCCAACAUUUCUUAAAAACACGAUUGAGUCAAGAGAAUCGGGUUCAGCUGCUAUCUUCGUGCUUCUGAUAGUGUUUCAGUUUCGUAAAAUGCUUUUCACGCGCUGCUGGUGGUUUCGCUGGAAUGGAAAGUAAUUGUUGCGCUAAAGUUGAUAAUAUUGCAUAUAUACAUGAAUGCUUUGUGCACCACGAUAAGACGUCUUCACCGUUUCGACAAGUUAUUUAGCUUUUGGGAUAUGCUUGAUGAAUCAUCAUUUGAAGAGAAUUCUUUUAAAACAUCAUCGACGCUUAUACCACCGCGUUUGGCUCGUUUGUUUCUUCUUUUUGUUGUUUCAUCAUCAUCUGUCACUGGUAGUGGUUAUUGGGGGUGA